GAGGAAAAACAAGGCAAAGGUUAAAGGUUACCAGGAAGUUCCUCAGCGGCGGCAAGGCGUGUGGUUUGGUAAUUCAUUGUAGCCUGCUAAGCACAACAAUAUAAAGAAAAAAGAAGGAACGUCGUCACAUUUUAACAGAUAUGAGUUUACCGCUGAACCCGAAGCCAUUCCUAAACGGCCUGACGGGCAAGCCUGUGAUGGUCAAGCUGAAGUGGGGAAUGGAAUACAAAGGUUAUCUCGUCUCCGUAGACGGCUACAUGAAUAUGCAGCUGGCAAACACAGAGGAGUAUGUAGAUGGAGCGUUGGCGGGACAUCUAGGAGAGGUUUUGGUUCGGUGUAACAAUGUUUUGUACAUCCGAGGAGUGGAGGAAGAGGAGGAGGAUGGAGAAAUGAGAGAAUGAUGAAGACGCAACACACACACACACACACACACACACACACGCUCUUUACCCCCUCCUCCCUGAUACCACGACUGCUGAAUUACCUUUUUUGUUUUGUUUUUACAUUGUCCAGUGUGGACAUUUUGGACUCUACUCGUUUCUUGAAAAAAAAUAUUACAUGGAUGUUUUCUUUUUUUUGAUGGUGCAAACUUUUGAAACAAAAAAAUAAAUGACGGUGAUUAUGUUUUUUUCUUAAA